AUGAGAGUAACCAAUCGAUUCCGUCCGUAUUCCCUGCUGGCCAAGCUACGUAGUUUGCUUUUCCCUACAAGGGAAAAGCAACAGCCUUCUGAAACUCUGCAAAAAAAAAUUGAUCCCAAAAACGCUGCGAAUAGCAUGCAUGCUGAGGAGCUGGAAGUUUCCUUUCCAAUUUACUCGCAAGAGCGCCCAGAUAAGGACAAGGAUGUCCAAAAGAUAACACCGAAGCAUACAAUCACCGCUGGGGACCCAAAUUUAGAGAUCCCUCCAAAUUCUCCCUUGCAACAUGACCCUGUCUCACAAGGCAAGCAGCUUGAGACAAAGCCCCGAACGGUGGUGUCUCCCGUAAAGUUUAGACCUUCGUUUCUUUCCGACACGCUUGCUCAGAAAAAGCACGCAAUGAAAUACAUCUCAAAAUGCACCUCAAAGAUUUCUGCAUUUAGAAGAGAAUAUGAGGCACGACUGGAGUCUCGUGAAAUUAUUCGCCAACAAAGCGGAUUUUCACGGUCGCUUUUGAGAAGCAAGUUACGAAAGUUCUUCAAAAAACGCUUGGUCAGGGGACGCCCCGUUUUUCCACCGCCUUUUCAGGUUUCACUUAAAAGCCCAGAUUCUGUACUCAAAGGGCUUGAAGCGGCGCGGGAUCAAUUGAUCUCCAACUCGGCUUGGUGGGAAAAGGAAAUGCUUCCAGAUGCAAGUGAUAGGGUGAGAUCAACAGAAGGGCCAGCGGCGAAAAAGUAUUCGAAAAUCGUAGAGUCCCUUGCCCCAAAUGCCACCGAAUUGGUGAAGGCCUCGAGGGGCAUCCCCAAAUUGCUGGAACACUUGAUGACAAAAAAGAAGCACAUCGAAACGUUGUCGGUGUUUUCGUCCGAAUUUAUCACUCCAGAAAACGUGGAUGCAAAGAUCCAAGAGGCUAUUGAAAAUCCAACAUCCUUCAACGUGCCAGUCGAAGAAAUGCUGAAGCAGCAAUACAAAGCAGAUAUGAUUUUUUCUGCCAUUUCAGAGGCCGUUGAUAAAAAAACCGGCUUUUCCAAACAAGCGGUCGAGUCGAUUCCUUCCAGCAUGCAAAGGAAAAAGUCUCAAAAUGCCCUGGAAAACUACUCGUUUCCAAAAGCAUCCUAA